AUGGCGCCGAGUUCUGUUCGUUCCUGGUGGCGUUCGCUGCGGCGUUCUCAACGUCCGAGUGACAAUGCUGUCAACCCUACACAAGCUUUAAACUAUCGCUUAGAUCCUACUGAGGCCAAAAGGCAGAUUGAUCGCAUCCCUCGUUUUCGCAUUCUCGUCAUGGGCAGAGCAAAUGCGGGUAAAACAACUGUUUUACAGCGGGUCUGUAACACUACGGAUCAGCCUGAGAUCUUUGAUGGAACUGGAGAGAAGGUUGAUACUAGGGCGGUGCAGGGUUCAUUGGGGCGUGGCUACCAUAACAUUGAAGAUGAGCUAGUGUUUAAAAGUAACCCGCGCUAUGUGUUCCAUGAUUCAUGUGGAUUUGAGGCGGGGAGCGAGGCAGAGUUUGAUAAGAUGAAGAAGUUUGUUACAGAUCAAGCAAAGUCCACCAAACUGGAAAACAGACUGCAUGCAAUUUGGUAUUGCAUUCCUUUGAAUGAAAGCCAUAGGAUGGUCAUGGCUGCUGAAAGGAAGUUCUUUAAUGAGUGUGAUUCAGGACAUGUUCCUGUGAUUGUGCUACUAACAAAGGCAGACACCUUAAAUCUUGAUGCAGUGCAGCAGCUUAUGAGAAGGGGGUUAACUGUAGAUGAUGCAAUGAAAGAGGCACCAGGGGUAGAAAAACAGCUGCAACAGGGCUGCCUUGAAAAGAUCAAGGGGUGGCUGAAUGAACUGAAGUUUCCACCUCAAAGCUUCCUGAUACUCACUGGUAUGGAACAGGAGAGUGCAGAUUGUGAAGAGCUAUUGAAAUGCACAGCAAAUGCUUUGACUGAGGAAGGGCUGCAAGGACUGCUUAUAUCAUCACAGCAAUCAAACUUGGGGCUCUGCAUGGAAUUUGCCAUAAUGAAGACACUGAAGAGAAGCAUGAAUGAGGGGGCUGAUCAUUUUGACUUGGGGGAGUUACCAUAUGCCCUUGGAUCAUGGUUCCCAUUUGAGGUGUGUGAAAUUCUGCAAGUACCAGUAUAA